GAUCGUUGUAGGAAAAUUCUGAUCCUCUUUCGGGGCGCGGGUGGGAGCUCUUUCCGCUGAUCAUGGCGCGAAUCUGUGCAAAUUGUUUUGAUUUUUAGAUGAUUCAAGAAGACCGCCAGAUUUCAACCGAAGAUUAACAUUGCAGUGAACAGAGAAAAGCAGGUUGCAAAAAACUAGGAUAUUAAAUAACAAACAGGGCGACGAAAAUGGAGGAAAACGGACGUGGAGAGACGCUGUGCAAGGUUUGCGGGGACAAAGCUUCUGGGAAACAUUACGGUGUACCAAGCUGCGACGGAUGCCGGGGUUUCUUCAAGCGGUCAAUCCGCAGGAAUUUGGACUACGUGUGCAAAGAGAACGGACGUUGCAUCGUGGACGUCUCGCGGCGCAAUCAAUGCCAAGCUUGUCGCUUCACAAAAUGUCUUCAGGUCAACAUGAAACGAGAUGCCGUCCAACACGAGAGAGCGCCGAGAAGCACGUCCUCUCUCGUUUCGGCGGCGAGAAGGACACCCUCAGGACUUUAUACAGGAAUUUCUAACGUCUAUCAUCCUGCGGGUACCGCUUAUCAUCCUCUUCUGUAUCCCGCACUGUUCCCUUUCAAGCCUACGGUAUCAACAUUCACUCCGUCAGUCGCACACUUCUUACCACGACCAUCCCCGGAAUCUCUGUCUAUGACUACUGCCAAGGAGGAUGAAGUGACCAGCUCCGAGGAAGCAGCCACUGUCGACAUUAGAAUCGAAUCGAAAGAGGAAUUAGCGAAUACGCGUCUGGCGCCGCCAGUCAUCACUUCCAUUUCAUCAGAAUACAUGAUGCAAGGCUUAUCACUCCUGCCGACCGAAAAUAUCUACGAGUUCGCGGCAAAGUUACUUUUCUUCGCCGUGAGGUGGGCGAGAAGUAUACACUCCUUCCUGCAACUCCCUUAUAGAGACCAAACUAUCCUUCUGGAGGAGUCGUGGAGCGAGUUGUUUGUACUGACAGCGGCACAGUGGAGCUUCCCCGUGGACGAGAGCACCCUGGUGCCUACGGAUGUGCCGAUAGAACGAAGGGAAGUUCUCCUCGACAAAGCCAGGAGACUGAGGGAGCUUUUAGCAAAAUGCGUCGCGCUGAGGGUUGAUCAUUCAGAAUACGCCUGCUUGAAGGCCAUAGUCCUCUUCAAGGCGGAAUCACGAAAUCUCUGCGAGCCGGGACGAGUGUCGGCGUUGCAGGAGCAAACGGUGGCGGUGUUUUGCGAGAGGGAUGCGCGUAGGGUGGGUCGGCUGUUGCUGCUUUUACCCCCAGCACGCGCCCUCUGUCGAGCUACCCUCCACGAGCUGCUAUUCAAACCGACGGUCGGUGACGUCAGCGUGGAACGAUUGCUGGGCGACAUGGUCGGCGCCCUCAGGCCAUCCUAAAUCAAUAUUCGACCUUUAUAUCGCGUGUACUUUUUUAAUUAUCGACACUUGUCAUCGAUAGACACCCUAUCGAGGAUUCUGUCGAUCCCAGUAGUAAAUCUUCCCCGGAGAUAAUUAAGAAAUUCUGAUGCUAUCA